CUUCGGGAUUGAAGGUAUCCAUUGCAGACAUCUAUACCUAGUCGGUAGCAUGGGUGCCCCGUCGAGGAAGAGAAACAUCGAUCAAAUUGAUCUCACUGUCAGUGAUGGUGAAGACUCGAGGUCAAAGGUUCCUUGUAUCUCCGGACAGCGGUUCGGGCAGGAUACAACCUUUGUGCCUCUCAGCCAAGCAUCGCAAGUCUAUGUUGUAGAAGAUGAAGACGAUGCUCAGGCUCUGAUCCAAGGAAGUCAGGAGGUUGAUGAUUCUGAGGAUGUCGCCCGUUUGCACUAUGGGGACUUGCAGACCAAGAUUGUAGGCGUUCGUUACUACGCAGGACAUGCAACCAUCGGUGAACGUGUUCUUUUGAAGCGAGAGCCACACAACCAGUAUGAUACCAAUGCAAUCCGUGUUGAUAAUGUUAUGGGUGUGCAGGUUGGUCAUAUCCCUCGCCAGGUCGCUGCUAAAUUAGCCAAGUACAUGGACCAAAGCCUGCUGCUUGUUGAAGGCAUUUUAACCGGAGUUAAGGGCUCUUUCGACUGCCCCGUUGUCUUGAAAUUGUAUGGCCCACGGGAUCCUGCCAGAAGAGAGGCAUUGAAAAGCCAGAUGGUACAGGACAGGUUACCGCUCACAAGUCUGAGAGAAACGGAGCGUUAUGAGCGCAAGCAACAGAAAGAGCGCGAGAAGGCUUUGAAGGAUGCUGCCAAAAGAGCUCGUGCGAUAGGACGUGGGACAGGAGAGGAGUGGGAGGCGACUGCGAAUAGAUUGGGAUACACUAACCUCUCCUUUGACGAAGAAGGGCUUGGUGAAGGAGAGAGCCUGGAAGAACUUAUUGGCCAGAGUAGCACCUUCAAUCCACGCGAAAUCGGCCAGGUGGCGGAGAGCUUUGGUAUGAAAGAAUCAGACUUGGAGAAUAUGCCCAUGGCGGAUAAUCCGCCCUACUUGUCUACCACACUCUUACCAUAUCAACGCCAAGGAUUGGCAUGGAUGAUGAGCAAAGAGGACGCUCGCAUGCCUGAUCCUGGCUCCAACGAUAUUGUGCAACUCUGGAAAAGACAAGGCAACCGGUACACAAACAUUGCUACAAAUUUCUCCACUUCUUCGGAACCGCCUCUGGGGAGCGGUGGCAUUCUGGCCGACGAUAUGGGUUUGGGUAAAACAAUCCAGAUUAUUGCUUUGAUCUUAGCAAACUCAAAUCCCAAAACACCAAAAUCUUCCAGGACUACUCUGAUUGUGUCCCCCGUUGGUGUCAUGACCAACUGGAAAACCCAAAUUAGGGAUCACACAAAUCCUGACCACACUCCACGCGUUUUGAUUUAUCAUGGCACUGGUAAGAAGGAGGCAAAACAAUUAGAUCAAUAUGAUGUGGUGAUUACGAGCUAUGGCGCUCUUGCUCUUGAAUAUCAGCCGAAUGCCAAAUCAACUCCUGGAAAAGGACUUUUCUCGCUCCAGUGGCGCCGUGUGGUUCUCGAUGAAGGCCAUACAAUUCGCAAUCCACGCUCGAAAGGUGCUCUGGCGGCUUCUAGCCUACGUGCUGACUCGCGUUGGACCUUGACUGGAACACCUAUCAUUAAUACGCUGAAAGACCUCUACUCUCAAGUUCGCUUCCUGAAGCUCAGCGGUGGUCUUGAGGAUAUGGCCGUGUUCAACAGCGUUUUGAUUCGACCACUCAUGUCCGAUGAAGCGGAUGCACGUCUCCUACUCCAGGCGUUGAUGAGUACGAUCUGUCUGCGCCGCAGGAAGGAUAUGAAGUUUGUGAAUUUACGUCUGCCCCCGCUGACAUCCAGAGUUUUGCGCGUGAAAUUCCAUCCUCAUGAGCAGAAGAAGUACGAGAUGUUCCAGACUGAGGCUAAGGGAAUGCUUCUAGACUUCAAGAGUCAAGACAAGGACGGUAAAGCAAGCACUACCUAUUCUCACCUCCUCGAGGUAAUUCUUCGCCUGCGGCAAGUCUGCAACCACUGGGCUCUUUGCAAGAACCGCAUCGACAAGCUUGCAGAUCUCCUAGAGAAGAAUAAGGUAGUGCCACUUACGCCUGAGAACGUCAAGUCUCUCCAAGACAUCCUCCAAAUUCGAAUCGAAAGCCAAGAAACAUGCCCUAUCUGCCUUGACACAUUGGAACAGCCGGUUAUCACUGCCUGCGCCCACUCAUUUGAUAGGAGCUGCAUCGAACAGGUUAUCGAAAGACAACAUAAAUGCCCGAUGUGUCGCGCAGAAAUCAAGGACAAUACAUAUCUAGUCACACCAGCUGCAGAGAUGGGCGAAAGCACAGAUACUGUUGAUGUGGACUCUGAUUGCCCAAGCAGCAAGAUUGAAGCACUCAUCAAGAUCCUGACCGCGAAGGGACAGGCCCAAGGCACUAAAACCGUCGUCUUCAGCCAGUGGACAUCCUUUCUGAACCUCCUCGAGCCGCACCUACUUCGCUGCGGCAUCCAGUUCGCCCGUAUCGACGGGAAAAUGAACGCCGUGAGUCGCGACAACUCAACCCACCGCUUCUCUACAGACCCCGACUGCACAGUCCUACUGGCCAGUUUGAGUGUAUGCAGUGUUGGACUCAAUCUCGUAGCGGCUAACCAAGCCAUCCUCGCCGACAGCUGGUGGGCCCCCGCUAUCGAAGACCAGGCCGUAGACCGCGUCUAUCGCUUAGGCCAGAAGCGUGAGACGACUGUCUGGCGUCUUGUCAUGGAAGACAGCAUCGAGGACCGUGUCCUAGCCAUCCAAGAACAGAAACGAAAAUUGAUGCUGGCAGCUUUUCGGGAAAAGGCUACCAAGAAGGCUAAUGACAGGGCAACGCGCAUGGUUGAUCUUGAGACGCUCCUCACUUGACAUUCCUUCUUCUUCUCUUCUCUUUUCUUUUCUUUUCUUUUUUUUUUCCAUUUUCUAUUGUUAUCCCAUACUCCUUGUUGGCCAACAGUCAAGUUUUAUUUCAAUGUAUAUUCGAAACAGG